GAUCGGACGCAUAACAUAAGCGGACCGGAAAUGCGCCAAUAUUAUGUUUCGUUUCGUACCCGCCCCUUUUAGCUAAUGGUUGUUCCUUGUUUAUAUGUCAUUUUAAACGUGGAACAACAAAACAAUAUGGACUCAAAGGAACCCUCGCUUCACCCACCGGCCAGCUCCGCGGUAGACAUGUCACGAAGCACAGAGGAGGACUCUUUGGUGGACGGACCUCUGAUCUCUGCUGACGCCCUCCACUCUGCCAUCAGGAGAGAGUUUCAGGCCGUGCCAACACCCUGCCAUGCCGCCCUGCUGGCUCUGCUGCAUGUUGUGUACGUGGUGUUGUCCAUCUGUGUGGCGGUCUUGUGUGUGUUAGAGUUGGAGCAAAAGGAUGUGUGCGUGAGUAUUCUGGGUGACGUGCGAGGCGACAGUGUCAUUGUGUUUGGUAAGGUGUGUUUGUGGGUGCUGGUGCUGCUGUUCACCGGGUGCGUGCAGCACCACCACAGCCAGGCCAGAAGCAGAGGGUAUCUCCGAUUCUACAGACAGACGCAGGGCCUGAAGCAUCUGCCGCUUACCGUGCACUCUGCAGGAAACGUUAUUCUGCUGGUUGUUCUGGCUUUGCGAUUAUCACCGACUCUGCAAACCCAAAUGCUGAUCGGCGUCCUGGGGUCGGAGCUCUUGUUUGCGUUGCCGUGCCUCAUCCAUUACACAGUCCAAGUGAUGCGCUUCAACCGCGAGCGAGCCGCACCAGAUGUGAGCCAGGAGGAGAACUCACUCAGCCACAGCGUCAGCAGCCUGCCGAGGGAGACCGGCUUCAGAGAGGGCUCCAAUCUGCAGGAGGUGGUGGAGAAACAGGCCGACCUGAUCGAGUACUUGAAGCAGCACAACACCCUGCUGAGCAAGAGGCUGCUCAACCUCACCGCUCAGCACUGACCACAGUCACAGGCCUCCUCCUCCUCCUCCUCCUCCCUGUGAGCCGGAGCCAGAUCACUUAAACGCUCCACUCUCUGGACACAAAGGAGAGGGGGGGGGGGGAGGGAGAGAUCUGUGGGUUUGAGGGAGACGGCGAGAAGCUGGAAGAAAAACACUGUAUAAAAGACUGAUAGCGAGGUAAUCCCUGUGCACACAAGCACCUGUGCGCACGGGCACGAGACGGGAGGGCUUCUCCACGAGGCACCUGAGAAGGAAAGAUAAAGCAGCAGCAGCAACAACAGCAGUAGGAAGAAGGGGAGGAGGAGGUGGGCCGUAAGUUGGGGGUGCAGUUAAAGAGGCAAAGUGGGAGGAGGAGCAGAGCAGUCAUGGGUCACAGAUCAGAGGUGAGGUUUUUUUUAUUUUUUAUUAUCACUGUGCAGAGACCUCCAGUGACCCGCGUAUGCCGCCGCAUGUUGAGAGAAACACAAGAGGCAAGAUUUGUUUUAGAGCUCAUCUACACUAAGAGAUACUGGAGAGAGAGGUUUUAAAUCGUCGAACAAAAUUAAAAAAAUCUCAUAACGCUGUGAUUGUUGUAUUUUAUCUGUCCGAAUGUGUAAAUGCUUUGUUUGGAAGCUUUUUUGUUUGUGUAUUUGUGAUCAAAUUCCAAUGAAUAUUUAAUAAACACAUUUCUCUUUU